UCUUUUGUUUUUAAUGAAACUAAGUGGUGUAUCCUCGUAAAUUAAAGAAUGAGUAAUUCGUAAACUACGCAAUGGAUUUAUCAUCUUUUUAAUACUGAUGAUGAUCUUUUAAUCUCCGGCAUACAAACUACUUGACAUGUUUUGUGUAAUUUACAUUUAAGACAUAAAGCCUCUAUUACUGUCAUUCCUCUGUGUAUAUUACAGUUGUUCGCCGUUGCCUGGGGUCAUUUUCUCUACACCGUCGAGAAGUGUCGGCUGCAGAAUUAUUCAACUUUCAUUGGAUCAGUGUAUUCAUUAACACCAUGUGCGUGCUACAAAUUUUAAUUGGACUUUUGUCGCACACCAUAUAGAAACGGAGGAUAGAGGAAAAUCAAGUUUUUUUCAAGUUGUCUUCCCCCUUUCUUUCAUGUUGUGUUGGUAACCAGCGACAUGUUUCUUCUUAUUUUUGCCAGUGUCUUCCGCAUUUGCGUGCUAGUUAUAAGAUAAUUAAUUGGCUGUUAACGAUACAGUGAAAAAAAAAAUGAAUCGAAACGUCCUUCGUUCCGUUGUAGGCACUAUCUGUGGGUGACGGCUCCGUUCUCACGGUAACAGCAACCGGGCUCUGAGGACGGACCCUGCAAAGCUUCUAACUCUAUGUGAUACAUAUUACAAAUAAACUUAAACAGAAAAAACUUCAGAUGGAUUACAGCGUGGAGAAUAAAAGAGGAAAUUUCAUAGCGCUUUGAUCAGUUGCUUUUGAUUGGCCAACAUGGCCACUAGACUUCUAAUGUGUUGGGAAAACUUUUCACCCAUUGUUUGGAUUUUUAUUGUGCUCUUUGACAUAUCCUUCUGCUUUCCAUCAAAUAAUGCAGGGCAACAACAGCCUACCUUAACUGAUCAUACCAUGUGCCGUCAACCUCUUGGAAUGACCUAUGAUCUUAAUGCAACCAUGGUCAAUUUCACACUAACUGCUACAGAGGGCAAUGCAUCCGAUGCACGACUAUAUGGUCCGGAGACCUGGGCAGCCGCCCAGAUUGGUGACCACACAUAUAUUCAAGUCAACAUGGCUGAUCCAGUCAUGGUCACGGGGAUGUUCAUCCAAGGUGACCCCGAGACCAACCAGUGGGUGUCGUCAUUCCACGUGACAUACAGUGUUGAUUGUAUAACCUUUUAUCCAGUGUUUGACAGCGGUAUAAAUCAGAAUUUUGCCGGGAACCUGGAUCCUUAUUCAGUAGCUGUGAUAGAGUUUCCUAACAUUUUUAUCGCCAGAUGCAUGCGAGUAAUCCCAACCGAGCGUCAUCGGAAUGCGUCAGCUCUCAGAAUGGAAGUCAUCGGAUGCCUGGGCAAUACAUGCAGUGGCACACAUCCGGUAGACUGGAACGUCGACCCCGUAAAAGACAAUAUGGAGGUCAGAUUCCCCUCCGAGAAGAUUAUCACGGCGCUAACCAUCCAGCCCAAUUUCCCCGCAGAUAGCAAGUUUGCGGUGUCCUUCAGUCGAUCCUGCGCGGAUUAUCUCAACAUUCAAGAUAAUGGCGUCACUCGGGAGUUUACGUCCAUCAGUAACGAUGCCAUUUUCAUUGAUCUGUCUCAAAAGCCUCUUCGUGCUUCGUGCUUACGUAUCACAGCUCUGAACGCAGACAUUCGUGACGUCACUGACAUUGACGUGCAAGUCAAUGGAUGUGGGUUUUACGAAUACGAGGCCCCUCUUGAAAGUUGUGGAAGGAAUCGUUAUCAGAGUGUUCGAAGAGAAAAACGUGUUAUUGGGGGGUACCAUGCCUCACCAGGAGAGUGGCCCUGGCUUGUGUCCCUCCACUUCACACCUUAUAACUUAUUCACGAAUCGCUCUCGCCUCCCUCAUCUCUGCGGCGCCACCCUGAUACACCCCCAGUGGGUGCUAUCAGCUGCACAUUGUUUCAGUGAAGAGGUGGGUGAGGGACUAUCCUCGGCGCGGAAUUGGAAGGCCGUGGUAGGGGAACACAAUCAGCUUGGAAUAGAUGGCACUGAGCAAGUCCUAAAUGUGGUCAGCAUUCACAAACACCGCCAGUUCUUUAUUCAAGCAGAUUACCCGAUUCUUCAGGACAUCGCCCUGGUGAAGUUGGAGAGGCCCGCAGUGUUAUCCGACUAUGUCAACGUCAUAUGUCUGGAUGCAGACAACUCGUUCCCGCCCGGCACACCGUGCGUAGCCGCGGGCUGGGGGCAAAACAAGCUUGACGCAGCUAUUAGAGUUGGGACUGGUGUCAAGCUUCCGCUACAUGCUGAAAUACCCAUAAUUCCUCCGCAGGAUUGCGAUGACCGCUACAGACGACUGCCAGCCGACCACUUUGCAAAGGCCGCAGUAUCGAUACAAGAUUCCGUUCUCUGUGCCGCCACAGCACAGGGCGGAAAGGACUCUUGCUGGGGAGACUCAGGUGGGCCACUCGUGUGUCGCCGGGGUGACCAUUGGACGCAAGUAGGAAUUGUGUCGAUUGGUUUAAAUUGUGGUGACGUCAACUUUCCGGGAAUUUACAGCAAGGUUUCCUACUACAUCGAUUGGAUCACCAAAACUAUUCGAGAGUUCUCGGACAACAACAUUCUUCCAACAUGGCUGGUCGACCAUCGGAAUCACAUGCCAUGAUUAAUGAGCAAGAAACAUAGAACUCAAUUAUACUCGAAAAGUUCAUGAAUGACACACCUCGUAACUAAGGUCUUUAAAGCCAUUUGAUAUCGAGUUUUAUACAAAUAAUUCCUAAAUACUUCUUUUUUUCAUGAUUAAAAUCACAUUCUGUGACAAAUGCGAAGUUUUUUUCUGUUUCCCUUAAUUCUUCAUGAAAAAGAGACGUGUUCGAAUGAGACGUAAAAAAGAAUAAGAAGUGUUCGAUUGAGCAGCAAACAUUGACUGCAGAUUUUACGGAAGACACAAAAGGAUCGUGAAUUCCUGGUAAAUGUGCUUCGUUUGUGCGGCCCAAGUAUGGAGGAUCUCUUUAAUAUACUAUUUUCUAUUAUGACAUGAAUUUAUAUGCUUAAAUUAUGUACACAAAAUGGCGUGUUCUACCUCUGUUGUUUAGUUGGUGUUUAUUCCCUUUGAUUAUUAUUUUUUCCUUUGUCUCAUUUUAGUACCGAUCAGAGAGACGUGUGCUACAUUCAGGCACAGAGUCGAGGCUUGAACAUUUCAAUGUGAUUUUAUUUUUUUACCUCUCAAAUGUGCCUCUAGUCUGUUUCAUGUGACUUAUAAACUCGUUAUGUAAAUAUAUUGAAUUAAAUUAUUGUAUCUGUCAUUAAA